CAGCUUCUUGAUAUUCUUGCUAUGCCGCAUAUGUAAGGUGGAUGGAUUAUGUUGGCAAAGGAGAAAUGCUCACCAACAGGGAUGUAAACAAAUUUGUGCACAAAAUUUGAGAGAAAUAAGCUUUUUGUGUGUAUGGAAAAAUUCCUGAAAUCUUUUAUUUCAGCUCAUGAAACAUGGACCAACAUGUUGCGUUUAUAUUUUGUCCAGUGUAUUUCAUCCUAACUAAACUCAACAACUGACUUCAACCUGACUUUCAGAUAGGAGGAGGAUGAAGCAUCUAUUUUCAUCACAGGGUAUCGCAUUAAUAAAAUACUAAUAAAAUCACCUCCUCCUCCAAGUGAAGGAGGAGCGGGGAAAAGUAAGUGAUGACGAAGAAGCAGCCAGCAACGAUAAUCAAACAUCCAGCAUUGAGUAAGCUUGCACAUGGUGUUUCAGUCUCAUUGAAAUAAGUUCUCAAGAGGUCGAGUAAAGAACAGCGACUUGAAUCUCAGGCGAGUUGAGCUGGGCCUCUCCUCUACGUCAUUUUAUUUACACUUCAGAGAGCGGAGAAGAAGAGAUUAGAAUCAGUGAGCCUUGUUGUGUCCAGCUGAUUUUAAAGACAACAUGAUGACCAUCCGUUGAGCGAUAGACAUCGUGGCCUUGCUUGGUGACGUGCUGCUCCCUCUGUCCUUGUCCCUGUCUCCAGCCCUGCCUCCACCCAAACCGAACAAUCACCAUGGGGAUUAAGAAAGAUGCCGACACCUUGUCGACUGGCUCCAUGCGUUUGAAGCAGGAGAUCUCCCUGCUCCACGGGGUCUGCCUCAUUGUGGGCAACAUGAUCGGCUCGGGCAUCUUCGUGUCUCCCAAAGGGGUUCUCCUCUACACCGGCUCCUUCGGCCUGUCUCUCGUGGUGUGGGCCAUCGGCGGGGUCUUCUCCGUGUUCGGGGCUCUGUGCUACGCCGAGCUGGGAACCACCAUCCACAAGUCUGGGGCCAGUUACGCAUAUAUCCUGGAGUCCUUUGGAGGCUUUCUGGCUUUUAUUAGGCUGUGGACGUCCCUGAUGAUCGUGGAGCCAGCCUGCCAGGCUGUAAUAGCCCUCACCUUCUCUAACUACCUGGUGCAGCCCUUCUACCCCACCUGCACAGCCCCCUACGAUGCUGUGAGACUCAUAGCAGCAGCCAUCAUCGGUCUCCUGACAUGUGUGAACUGUAUGAAGGUGAAGUGGGGGGCCAUCCUCCAGGUGGUCUCUACAGUAGCUAAGGUCCUGGCUCUCAUCGUCAUCAUCAUCGCUGGGAUGGUCAAGCUGGGACAAGGCCAGACGCAGAACUUUGAGGAUUCGUUUAAGGGUUCUAAAGUGAACCCUGGGGACAUGGCUCUGGCUCUGUACGCUGCUCUCUACUCCUAUUCCGGCUGGGACACACUCAACUUUAUCACCGAGGAGAUUAAGAACCCGCAGAGGAACCUCCCGUUGGCCAUAGGGAUCUCAAUGCCCAUCGUCACGGUGAUCUACAUCCUGACUAACGUUGCCUACUACACCGUGAUGAAUGCUGAAACCGUGCUGGCCAGUGAGGCUGUGGCUGUGACGUUUGCUGAUGAGAUGCUGGGCUGGGCUCGGUGGCUGAUCCCCCUGUCGGUGGCCAUCUCCUGUUACGGAGGACUCAACUCCUCCAUCAUCGCUGCCUCCAGGCUGUUCUUCGUGGGCUCCAGGGAGGGUCAUUUACCCAACGUCCUCUGCAUGAUCCACGUCAAACGCUACACUCCCAUCCCAGCACUGCUCUUCAACGGUGGCAUGUCUCUGAUCUACCUGUGUGUGAAGGACGUGUUCCAGCUCAUCAACUACUUCAGCUUUAACUACUGGCUGUUCAUUGGUCUGUCCAUCGCCAGCCAGAUCUACCUCCGGGUCAAAGCUCCGGACAUGCACCGGCCCGUCAAGCUCUCCCUCUUCUUCCCCAUAGUGUACUGUCUAUGUAGUGUGUUCCUGGUGGUAGUACCUCUCUACAGUGAUACCAUCAACUCUCUGGUGGGUAUCGGGGUGGCUCUUUCUGGAGCGCCAGUCUACUACAUCUGUAUCCACCUGCCCCCCUCCUCCAGACCUGCCUUCCUGGGCAGGAUGCUCGACAUGAUCUCCCUGAACACCCAGAAGCUAUGUCUGUGCUGUGUGGUCUCACCUGACCUAGACCUGGACAACAUCCCUGAGGAGAAGCUGGAGUAAAGGCAGGAGAGACUAAGCCAUAGGUGGAACAUACAGCCCACCAUCACAGCUAUGCUCCACCGCCCUCCUCCUCCACAAGGCUUAUCGAUGAAGCAGUUUAUUCUCUUUUUCCAUUUUUUUAAUUUAAUUUAAUUGAUGUGAAUUGAUUUCCUAUGGGACUGCACAGUGAGUGUGUUGUGUUCAGUGCUAUGGUUGGCCUGAGGGAAGCCACUUGCAAGUGCUGGUGACCUGCCACAUGUAAAACAGCACAAUGUAGUUCACUCCUACUGGUUACACCUAUGGACACUGUCAAUUAUGGAAGUUGAACCAUUUGAAAAAAGCAAGAAAUCCAAAUGGAGAUUUCAACAGGACCUCCCACUGACCAUUUAGGACCUCCUACUGACCAUUUAGGACCUCCUACUGACCAUUUAGGACCUCCUACUGACCAUUUAGGACCUCCUACUGACCAAAGAUUGGGUUUGAAGUUAGUGGAGAUUGAAGUGUUUGUUGCCUUUUCCGUCCUGCCGUUUGUUUUAAAGCGUUAUUUAUGACCCGUUUGUCCUUGACGGACUGACCACAGUCAUUUAGUUACUGUUGCCUUUAGGCCACUUUUGAUCUCACUUGGAUGCUAUCAUUCUAUAUGACAUCACCAGUUAUUCACAUUGUUACUGUUACCAUGGUUGUCCUAUUGAUGUCCAGAAAGUAACACGUAGGCCCAUGGAUUCUUUAGAUAUUUAGCCUAUGCCGUUAUUACGCUAAGGUAGCGCUCUAAGCAAUACAGCCCGAGCGGGUGUGGUAUAUGGCCAAUCUAGCACGGCUUAGGACUGUUCAUAGGCACGAUGCAACGCGGCCAUAUACCACAAACCCCCGAGGGGCGUUAUUGCUAUUGUCAACUGGCUACCAACAUAAAAAUAAACUACCAUCAGCAUUCACAGCUGAAACCACCCAGUUCAUAACACCUUUUAUCCUAUUCAUUAUAACACCUUUUAUCCUAUUCAUUAUAACACCUUUUAUCCUAUUCAUUAUAACACCUUUUAUCCUAUUCCAAGGGUUGGCAACUUUUUUUUUUUUUGUCUUUUGUUUAGGACUUGAAGGUGAAGGGGAAAAAGUAAAAAUACUGAAUCUGGAAUUCAUCAAAUUUAGUUUUAAAUUCUUAUUUGAAAAUAAAAUCUCUUUGGGCUUAGUAAUGCUCAAUUUGCAAACAUCGGAGCAAUACACUUAGUACACAAAUCUACCGUAGUUAGCUUUCUCAGUCAGCGUUGAAGUCACCUACAGCGGCAUGUUAAAGGCACUCGAUAUUCAAAUUAGUAAACAUUUUACUGACACAUUUCAAACCAGAAGCCUUUCUGAAGAACCAAACUGACAGUUACUGAUGUAGAAAUGGGCAACUGUAUAAAGGAUAUGUCCAAUGUUUUUUAAAAUACAAAACAUAAGCGUUUUUUACAAUUUUAGAUGGUUAUCCUAUUAAUUAAAUCUCAGCCAUAGACUUGUCAUGCAUGUCUCACUUUCAAUUGUUUUUUUGUCAUCUUGUUUUAGACCUAGUAAUCCUACAACAUACAGUUGAAGUCAGAAGUUUACAUACAUCUUAGCCAAAUACAUUUAAACUAAGUUUUUCACAAUUCCUGACAUUUAAUCCUAGUAAAAAUUCCCAGUCUUGGGUCAGUUAGGAUCACCACUUUUAUUAAGAAUGUGAAAUGUCGGAAUAAUAGUUAUUUCUUUCAGCACAUUCCCAGUGGGUCAGGAGUUUACAUACACUCAAUUAGUAUUGGAUAGCAUUGUCUUUAAGUUGUUUAACUUGGUCAAACGUUUCGAGUAGCCUUCCACAAGCUUCCCAGAAUGAAUUUUGGUCCAUUCCUCCAGACAGAGUUGGUGUAACUGAGUCAGGUUUGUAGGCCUCCUUGCUCGCACAUGUUUUUUUGAGGUCAGGCUUUUGUGAUGGCCACUCUAAUACCUUGACUUUGUUGUACAUAAGCCAUUUUGCCACAACUUUGGAAGUAUGCUUGGAGUCAUUGUUUGGAAGACUCAUUUGCAACCAAGCUUUAACUUCCUGACUGAUGUCUUGACAUGUUGCUUCAAUAUAUCCACAGAAUUUUCCUCCCUCAUGAUGCCACCUAUUUUGUGAAGUGGACCAGUCCCUCCUGCAGCAAAGCACCCCCACAACAUGAUGCUGCCAACCCUGCUUCACAGUUGGGAUGGUGUCUUUGGCUUGCAAGCCUCCCCCUUUUUCCUCCAAAUAUACGGUCAUUAUGGCCAAACAGUUCUAAUUUUGUUUCAUCAGACUAGAGGACAUUAACCCUGAAAAGUACGAUCUUUGUCCCCCAUGUGCAGUUGCAAACCGUAGUCUGGCUUUAUGGAGGUUUUGGAGCAGUGGCUUCUUCCUUGCUGAGCGGCCUUUCAGGUUAUGUCGCUAUAGGACUCGUUUUACUGUGGAUAUAGAUACUUUUUGUACCUGUUUCCUCCAGCAUCUUCACACAGUCCUUUGCUGUUGUUCUGGGAUUGAUUUGCACUUUUCGCAGCAAAGUACGUUCAUCUCUAGGAGACAGGACGCGUCUCCUUUCUGAGUGGUAUGACGGCUGCUUGGUCCCAUGGUGUUUAUACUUGUGUACUAUUGUUUGUACAGAUGAACGUGGUACCUUCAGGCAUUUGGAAAUUGCUCACAAGGAUGAACCAGACUUGUGGAGGUCUACAAUUGUUUUUUUUUUUGAGGUCUUGGCUGAUUUCUUUUUGAUUUUCCCAUGAUGUCAAGCAAAGAGGCAUUGAGUUUGAAGGUAGUCCUUGAAAUACAUCCACGGGUACACCUCCAAUAGGCUAAUUGACAUCAUUUGAGUCAAUUGGAAGCUUCUCAAGCCAUGACAUAAUUUUCUGGGAUUUUCCAAGCUGUUUAAAGGCACAGUCAACAUAGUGUAUGUAAACUUCUGACCCACUGGAAUUGUGAUACAGUGAAAUAAUCUCUAAACAAUUGUUGGAAAAAUUAUUUGUCAUGCACAACUUGCCAAAACUAUAGUUUAUCAACAAUAAUUUUGUGGAGUGGUUGAAACACCUAGGUUGGAGUCAUGACAACUCAUUUAUGUAAACGUCUAACUUCAACUGUAUUUUUGGAAGGAUUCAAUGCCAUAUGUGCAUUCAUGUCAUUUUAAUUGAACAUUCUGUCAGCUGUGUUCUUUAAGAAGAACGCAACAUCUUCUUUACGGUCCAAUUCGUUAAGACAAUGGACCAAAUAUUACAGCUACUGGCCGGGACAUAUUGGACUAAUAUGCAUUAUAUAGUGUUACAUGAACUCCUAUCAGAGGUGGUUGAGGGACAGUGAAUGGCACAACAAUGGGCCUCAGGAUCUCGUCAUGGUGUCUCUGUGCAAUUAAAUUGCCAUUUGAUAAAAUGCAAUUGUGUUCGUUGUCCGUAGCUUAUGCUUGCCCGUACCUUAACCCCACCGUCACCAUGGGGCACUCUGUUCACAACGUUGACAUCAGCAAUCCGCUCACCCACGCGACGCCAUACACGUGGUCUGCGGCGUUGAGGCCGGUUAGACGUACUGCAAAAUUCUCUAAAAUGGAGGCGGCCUAUGGUAGAAAUGAACGUUCAAUUCUCUGGCAACAGCUCUCAUGGACAUUCCUGCAGUCAGCAUGAUAAUUGCACACUCCCUCAACUUAAGACAGCUGUGGUAUUGUGUUGUAACUGCACAUUUGUGUCCUUUUUAUUAUCCCCAGCACAAGGUACACCUGUGUAACAAUCAUUCUGUUUAAUCAACUUCUUAAUAUGCCACACCUGUCGGGUGGAUGGAUUAUCUUGGCAACGGAGAAAUGCUCACUUACAAGGAUGUAAACCAAAUAUGUUCAACAUUUGAGAGAAGUUUUUGUGUGUAUGGAAAAGUAAUCUUUUAUUUCAGUUUAUGAAACAUGGGACCAACACUUUACAUAUUGCAUUUUUAUAUUUUUCAGUGUACAUAUGUGGUCAAUGGCAUCUUGACAUUUUGCUUUAAUGUAACUUUUUCUCUUAUUCCAUCCAGAGCUGUUGACAGUUUAAGAGACUUGGGGAAUGAAAUGAAUUUGUCUUACAUGAACUGAUUUGUGCAACGUAAACAAUUCCACGGAUGUAUGGCUGCCAUUUUAAUGUCUCGAGAGUCUUUCGGAUGUAACUUUUGAUUGUUGUCAGUGGGCAGAACAAAACAAGUGGAAUGUGAGACCCCAUCUGCCUUGCAUUAUAUGUUACUCUUGGUGACGUCACAUAUCUUCCACUGCUGGCGGGUUUGGCAACUUUGUGCCUUUUAAAAAAAAAAAAAAAAUGUUUUUUAUAACUCCAUGACUGUAUUCAAAACUGGGGACAUUUUUUAAAGAUGAACUCACCAACUUGAUACAGUCCAUCCAUAGGACUAUUUCCUACCAUCAUUCCUGACUCACAGGGUUGUAUACAGAAAGACUUGGAAAGAAACAUGCUAACUUUACAAUGAUCGAUCAUCACUUUUUAAAAGGACCAUCGCUUUACAAAACAACAGGCAUUUCUGCCUCAAUCUUUAGUACUGGUGCACUGGGAUCUUUUAGUAGGAAUGUUAUAUUUCGGUGUCUGAACUUUGAAUUUUAUUUAUUGUGUGGGGGGGAGACUAAUCAGUCAGUGAUGUACAGUUUCUCUGGUUCAUCUUUUUGGAGUACUAUAUUACCAUUAAGAACUUCCCAUGGCAGACUGACCAGGUGAAAGCUAUGAUCCCUUAUUGAUGUCACUUGUUAAAUACUUCAUUCAGUGUAGAUGAAGGGGAGGAGACGGGUUAAAGAAGGAUUUUUAAGCCUUGAGACAUGGAUUGUGUAUGUGUGCCAUUCAGAGGGUGAAUGGGCAAGACAAAACAACAUUUCAAGUACCUUUUUAGAAUGGGCUCUGCUAGUAGGUGCCAGGCCUACUGGUUUGUGUCAACUGCAACGUUUCUGGGGUUUUCAAGCUCAACGGUUUCCCGUGUGUAUCAAGAAUGGUUCAGCACCCAGAGGACAUCCAGUCAACUUGACACAGCUGUGGGAAGCGUUGGAGUCAACAUUGUCCACCCUCCCUGUGGAACGCUUUUGACACCUUGUAGAGUGCAGGGGGUGCAGCCUUCUAUGUAGUUGUAAUGCACAAGCUGUAUUACGUGGAAGCUGCAGUAUGGUUGUGUUAGCCUGGUCCCAGAUCUGUUUGUGGUGUCUUGCCAGCUCUUCUGAAACCAGGUUAUGGUGGUGUGUCCUUGAAGUUGUUCCUCUCAUACCAGUCAGUCCCUUAUACUCAUCACCUCAUCCUUCAGAUCAUUUCACUGAAGUGUUCUCAUUCCAUUCUUUCAUUGCAUUCCAAUUCCGUUUGCUCAAGUUGUCCAUGUUACAGUCUUGCCAUUCAAUCCUAUACAGCUGGUUGUGGUAAGUCGCUCUGGAUAAGAGCGUCUGCUAAAUGACUUAAAUGUAAAUGCUUAUUGUAUCUAUCUACAGUCCAUUGAUGGUCAAGUUCUAGUCACUCCUAGUAGAGGUUCUGUAAUGGUCCUGUUGAUGUGUACAUGUUGAGUCAUUAUUCCAGUUUGAGUCUUACUGUCAGUCUGCUUUGUUCUGUUUGAAUUAGUUAGAUGUUAUGAUGGAGAAAUGUACAGUGCACCAAAUGACAAACAAGCUUUAUAAUGCAAAGAGAUAUACUUUGGUAUUUUAAAUGAUUCAGAUAUGUGACGUGGAAUUCAAAUGUAAUAAAUACAAUUCUGAACUAUGA